AUGCCACGCCUGUCUGUCGCCGACGCGCUAGCCAUCCACCACGCCAUCCACAGCACCGCGGACACAGUAAUCCUCGCCGACGGCACCGUCUGCCGCAUCAUCGUCUCCGCGAACCGCUGCCGCCGGUGCGACCUUCCGCUUGGGAUGUUCAGCAGCAACGCCAAGCUCAUGGCGCAAAAUAUGGACAAGGACAGUGCCGCGGCCAAGCGCGCCCGCCAGGGCGCCCAGAUUACACACAUCAUCCCGCUUGGCGCCAACGGGCAGCACGGGACGUACAACUGGGGGAUGAUCGAAGACGGGAGAAUCGCCAAAAAAUGCUUUGUGCUCGAGGACCCGACUCGGCCGCCCCAGGACCCCGCGCGCACGCCUCACGGCCACUUGCGCGCAGCUUGCACCUACCUCGACUGCCCGUACAACGAGCGGACAGAGGCCAAGCGGACUGGGGGCCCUCUGGGACGCCGAGGGGGAGGGCAGCCCAAAAGGCGAUACUUCACCGCCCCCGCUUUUGGCCGCAAAGCUUGGCGGAAGACCCUACCUGACCCCGGCCCUAGUUACUCCCCUUCCCGG